CUUGAGGGUACUAUAAAAGAACUCCUCAGAGUAGAUUGUGAGCUUUUUGACGGUACACAAGUGAUUUGCAGCUUGUGACAAAUAAAUUUCUUUCAUCCGAGGAGAGAUUGACGGCUGAUACCCUAGGUCCAGCAUAAGAAUAUACCGUUGGUGAAAAAAUGCAGAUGCUGCAUGAUCAAAGUGUUGAUCUGUAUGAAAAGCUUUACACGAAAAAUGAUUAAAAAAAACCUUAAUCAUCUCUUUUAACCAGAACUUUUCAUUUUCACAUCAGUUACGAUGAUCGAUGAAUCUGCCAGUAAACCAAUUACUCAUAACCCUGCAUACAGACGGCCGGUCCAGUUAAUCAACACUAUAGAAGGAUCUGCCUUCAUGCAUGACAAUUCAAUGUUUUCAGCCUACGGUUCGGUGUAGACCGGCCAGGAGCAGUGCAGGAUAAGACCUACGUAGUACGAUUCAAGCAACAGAGAGGAGAUCUUCCUUCUUUUCGUAUACAAUGGAGCACCCAAACAUGGGAAUCACGGCGCCGCCGUUCAUUUCUUCAGAAAGUACCGAGCAAAUAUUCUCUCUAAAUGUCAAUCAUGGAGAAAAUUUCAAGCGAAAUAUCCUUAAAGAAGCAAUGGGAGAAGAAUAACCUAAGAAUACAGAUUUAGCCCAUACGUGUCUGCGCGUAGUACAUUUAAUGUUAGGAUGAUUAGCCCGGAAGCUAUGGUGCGGCUGCACGACCAAGCACAUGCGCACGCUGGCUGCUUCCUUCAUUUCUCCUGCAAAGGAGCGAAGGCUAUAUAUACACACGCACACAAUCAUCAUAAGAUCACCAAAUGCAGCAGAAGCAAAUCCACAGAGACAAAAGAACAAACACAUUAGCGAGCAAGGACUUCUAGCUUUCGUAUCAUCUGGCAAAUUCGUCAGAUUAGUUUUCAAGCCCAUCGAUCUAGCAUUCCAGCGCCAGAUAUGGCACCGACUCCAGCUCAAGUUACUGCGGUGGUUCUGCUCACAGUGGGCUGUACUGCCUUGCUGUAGUCGCAUCGUCGCCCCAAGCACCGGUCGUCUGGCAGAGGGCGCACGCAACGUUCUACGGUGGAGCUGAUGCCUCCGGCACCAUGGGCGGGCGCGUGUGGGUACGGCAACCUGUACUCUGAGGGGUAUGGAACCCGGACGGCGGCGCUGAGCACGGUGCUCUUCAAUGACGGCGCGGCAUGCGGACAAUGCUAUAAAAUUGCAUGCGACCGCAAGGUGGACCCAAGAUGGUGUAAACCGGGUGUGACGGUGACAGUCACGGCCACAAACCUCUGCCCGCCAAACAAUGCCCUUCCAAAUGACAAUGGUGGUUGGUGCAACGUACCACGCCCGCACUUUGACAUGGCGCAACCGGCUUGGGAGAAGAUCGGCGUCUAUAGGGGCGGCAUCAUUCCUGUCAUGUAUCAGAGGGUUCCAUGCGUGAAGAAGGGUGGCGUGCGGUUUAAGAUCAACGGCCACGACUAUUUCAAUCUUGUACUUGUGACCAACGUUGCAGCCAUCGGCUCGAUAAAAUCUAUGGACGUCAAGAGCUCCGAUUCAAAAGAUUGGGCUCCUAUGGCACGCAACUGGGGUGCGAACUGGCACUCGUUGGCAUAUCUUAGCGGGAAAAUGCUCUCUUUCAGAUUAACCAACAGUGAUGGACAAACACUUGAAUUCAAUAACGUUGUGCCAAGUGGAUGGAAGUUUGGGCAAACAUUUGCGAGCAAAUUGCAGUUCAACUGACAUUGAUUUGUCGUAGAUUGCAUAAUUUGUUUGAAUAUAUUGAUAUUGUGGUGGUUAACUACUUGUAUAUAGCUAAUCAUUUUUUUUUUCAAUUUGGUCACUGCUGUAACUCUAGUUGUGCGUGCUUAACAUGUUGUGGUUUGUACACUUGUGUCUGUAUAAAUUUGUAAGAUGUACAUAAGAUGCUAUUGAUUUUAUUGAGUUACCUUCACAGUUUUUGUUUUCAAUGCUUUUGGAAACUGACAAUGCAUGAGUUACUCUUUAGGCGUUUGACACAAUAGUGCGUUAUGAAAUUCAAAUAUUAAUAGAUAUUUCAUACGUGCUCAAAAUGGUUAGAAACUUUUAUAGUAUGUAGAUAAGAUGUUUCCAAACCUAUAUUUAAAUUUGAGUUGAUCUGGGUCUCAAAAUGUUUAAAACAAAUGUCGGAAAUAAAUAAAUCAAGAAAUAAGAAGAAAAUCAAAUCUGCACGCAGGACCCCUUCACCGUCAAACCUUUCACCAAGGUUGUUUGACCUGCCUGAACCGUGCUGCCACUGUACGUGGGCCCCUGCAUGCUCGACGUCAGCCAAGCCCGGCCCACCGGCCCCCAUCUCCGUGUGGGGACGGUGGCGGCGGGGCCUUCAUUUGUUGUGCUCGUUCUCCGAUGGAGACACAUCUAUGCUCCAAGAGGUUUGGCGGCUGGCGGCAUGGGAACCGUGAAUGGCCGCCAGAUCCGUAGAGGGCGGCUCCGGAUCCGGUGUGGGUUGUUUCCUACAGUGGUGCGCCGGGUGUUCCACAGCGCGACCCUAUCCCGGUCGGCAGUGACGUGUCGUUGGUGUUGUCGGAUCCGAUGUAUGGUUGGUUCCGGUGCCUGGUCCGGCGGUCGCCGAGCUCUAUGCAGUUGGUUCGAUCGACGCCCUUAGCAUGGUGGUGCGGUGCCCCCUGUUCGGGCUUCUUCGGCCCCUCGGCUCGUUGCUAUGUCGGCUUCCUGGUGGGUUUGUGGUGGACGCGGGUGAAAACUUUGCACCUACUUCAUCGAUGUGGGCGAUGACGACUUCCUUGGACGUCGCUCCCUUCUGGAAUGCGUCGCCUUGCAUGCCCAAUGCAUCCCAUCCACAUGAUCGAGGUGUCUCCGAGUGAAACCUCAAACCUGAUUUAUCUAGAUUGGGCAGCUGCGACGUUUGCGGACGUUGUGACCUCCUUGGAGGCGCUGCCUUUGGAGCCCUCGAUUGGCGGCGGAGGAUGCUUGCUGUAGUGAGUCUAGUUUGGGCUUGGCCAGGUGUGGCAGCUUUGAGUAGUUGGGGCUCGCUUCGAAGCGACCUCUUCUUUGAUUCCAGUCGUCGACAACUCUAGUUCCG